AUGUUCGCCACCGUGCUUUUGGUGUUGCUCACGCUGAUUUUAUUCUCUAUAUCCUUGCUACUAGGACAAAAGUCGAAAAAAGAUCCGCCAGGACCGAUCCCGUGGCCAUUUUUCGGUAAUCAGAUCUUGUUGAAACGUUUGAAACGUGAGCUCGGUGCACAGCACGCGGUUUUCAUGGAAUUAGGAAAACGAUACGAUAGCGAUGUUAUAUCUGUGCAUCUCGGCAACGAUAAAGUGCUGGUCGUCAACGGCUUUAAACUGAUCACAACAGUUAUGAAGAGCGAUGAUUACGACGGACGUCCGUGGAAUGAGUUUAUAAAAAUAAGGAACAUGGGCAAAAAGUCAGGAAUCACGAUGAACGACGGCACGGAAUGGAAAGAGCUGCGCGGAUGGAUGGUGCGGACGAUGAAAUUUUUCGGAUUGGGGAAGAGCGAGAUGUCCGAGAUGCUCAAGAACGAAUUGUUGAAUAUGGUGGAGAACCUGAAGACCAAAGGUGGCCCGAGGAAAAUGAAAUCGCUGAUAACACCAGCUGUUGUGAACGUUCUAUGGUAUUUGGCGACGGGAACACCGUUCUUGGAUGGGAAGAAAUUGCAAUUUUUUUCAGACUUGUUAGAGACUCGAUCUAAAGCGUUCGACAUGGCUGGCGGAUGGCUGAGUACGUUCCCUUGGAUACGUUAUAUCGCACCCGAGUCCUCAGGUUACAACGUUCUCAUGACGCUAAACAAUGAGCUCAGGAAUUUCCUACUGGAGUCUAUCCGCGAGCACAAGAAGAAUUACAAACCGGGAAGCGAGGCUGACCUAAUCGACAUGUUCCUCCACGAAAUGGAAGACCACACUGAGUACGAUACCGUCUAUACUGAGGAGCAGUUGGUGAUAAUUUUGGUGGAUCUGUUCAUCGCCGGUUGUACCACUACCGGCACAACCGUGGAUUUCUUGUUUCUGCACAUGGCUGUUCACCAAGACGUGCAGCGUAAAUUGCAAAAGGAAAUCGACUCGGUAAUUCCACGCGAUAGGAUCCCGGAUUUAGACGACAGACCGAAACUUCCAUAUGUGGAAGCAGUUAUGUCGGAGUCGCAACGAUUAUGGCCCGUGUUUCCUAUAGUCGGACCCCGGCGAGUUCUACGCGAUACGGAUCUCGAUAAAUACACGAUACCUAAGGAGUCCACUGUGUUAAUGAACUCGUUUUCCAUCAGCAGGGACCCGAACCUUUACACCGAUCCCGAGAAGUUCAUACCCGAAAGAUACAUAAAGAACGGAGCUUUCGUACCUGACCCAUACUCUUUACAAUUCGGCAAAGGGAGACGACGAUGUCCAGGCGAAGCGUUGGCCAAGGCUGCGUCGUUCAUUCUCUUCGUUGGCGUAAUGCAAAAGUUUAACAUUCUUCCAGUACCCGGUAAAGGACCGACGACUAUUGAAGUCACUUUUGGCAUAACGACGUCGCCAAAGCCUUACGAGAUAUUAGCCGUACCGCGAUAAUUAGCGCCACAAAAUUUUAACACUCUAGCUUAAUUAACGAACCGAUGUAUAUCGAACUUCGCCUCUCCCGCACUGUUAUAGAAGUUCGUUAAUCUCCCGAGAUAUUUUGAAUCAACUAACACUUCAAUUUUCUGGUAACUACGUACGUGUCAGUGAACACGCACACCCGAGUGCUGUGCGUUCAGUUGGUCAAACGGUAACAGUUUACUUACAUAUACGUAUGUAUAAAGACGUAGAGUUAGUCUCGUAAACAAUAAAUAUAUGGGAUAAAGUAUA